AUGUAAUUAUUUGCAUAUUCAUUUAUUGUUCCCUCCUCGGUUUCCAUAAUAUAUGUUAUACUGAUGAUUUGUCGUUAUUGCCAAUUAAAGUCGGACAUUGUGGCUGAUGAAAUAAACUUGAAUUGUUCUCUGAAAUUUCGUGUGAGUCUAUUGAUUUGUGACAUAGGCAUUUAAAGUACUUAGUGUGCAUUUAUAUUUCUCUGCAUGAAUUGUGAAGAAUAUCAACACUACAUUUUGAUAAUCCUCUUCGUCAACAUGAUUGCUUUAAUCCUUUAAAUAUUCCUCAUGAUCUUCGAGUAUAAGAAGCGAGUACCUUUAUUUUUUGUCCAUAAGCUUUAUUGGAUUGUUAAUUGGAUUGUUCUUUUAAUCAUAGCAGCCUUGAUCAUUUAUUCUGAAGGUUACUUUUUGGAUGUGAUUUUAAUAUCCUGCAGAUUACUCAUAAUAUCCAUUCUUUUGAUAUACACACUCUUUAUCAGAAAACAAGACUUGGUAGAAUUUGAAGAUUUAGGGUUUUUCAAUAGUGAAUUGCCAGAUAUCGAUGUUUCUUCAUAGGAGCAGAAGCUGAGAAUUUCGACCUUAAAUAAUCUUCAAACCCAAUUUUUUUCUGUGGAACUAAAAAAGAUGUGGAAUAUUGUGGAUAAUGAUAUAGAAAUAAAAUUGAAUAUCCAUUUUGCAGAGAAAGAGAAAAGCAUGAAAUUGAAGAAGAGAGUCUCGGAGUUGUUCGACAUGCAUUCCAAAUUGGUGGUGGAAUGCACAGCCUAUUUUGAGUAGCAUAAUAAUGACUAACUCGAAUUAAAUUUCUUAAUCAAGUAGAUUUCAGAGAGCACCGAUUUACAAUUGAUCACCUACAUCCAAAAAUAUUUAAAUGUCAUCAUGAGCAAAAUAGAGUUGAUAUGCACUACUUUCCUGGAUUUCAUUGAAUUGCCUCAACAAGAAAGAGAAUUGUUGGACGACAUCAAACUACAAAACAGACAACUCCACAGAUAGUCAUUCACUAAGAAGCAGCAAUAAACCAAUUUCCCUUACAAGAAAUGGGAAUUACAACAGCCCUACAUUCCGUAUGUGAAUGUGAAGAUCAAAGAACAUCUGACAAUUAAGCAGCAUGGCGAUUCCUACAUCCAAUACCGGAUAGUGAUCAAGAUCAAUUAAGAAACCCUGGUUACGCAGAAGAGAUUCAGAGAGUUCUCAGAGUUGAAUGAGCAAUUAAAACAACAGGGCAUUAAAUACUCUUCCUUAUUCCCUUAAAAGAGUAUUGGAAAGUUGACUGAUUUGGAUGUGGAAGAAAGAAAGAAGGAUUUGGAAAUCUAUUUGAAGGUGUUAUUGAAUGACAGGAGUAAUCAUAAUUGUUUGCCAUUAUUCAAGUUUGUUGGUAUCACUAUGGUUUAGGAACUCUUCUUAAAAAAGCAACAUCAACGAAUGCAAAAGGAUGUGGAGUAAGUCGUUUAAUCCACCGUGAAGUUCUUGCAAUUUGAGGAUGUUCAGGAUUAGAAUGGAGACAAAUACUUUAAGUACCAAUUCCAAAUUGUGAAUAAUAAUGUCUUUAAUCAAUAUCAUGUCAUUACUAAGCGAUACUCAUAAUUUGAUGAAUUGCACAGCAUCCUGAAACAGAGGGUCCAAUUUCUACCUCUAUUGCCGUAGAAGAGCAGUGCUCUCCAGUAGAAUGUCAAUCCAAACCAAAGAAGUGGGUUGCUGCUUCAAUAUCUUAAUGAGUUGAUUAAGAAUCCGUUGGUUUGUGAGAACCCUCAUUUUAGACAGUUCAUAGACAUUCCCUUUUUUAAUUUUGAAUCUGACGAGGCAACCAUUCCAGAGACUGCCAAUUAAUUCAAUCAAAUCUUGAGACAUCUGGACAACGAUUCGAUAGUUAGCAAGAUAGAUAACAUGAAAGUGCGAUUGUGGGAUUGA